UUCAAUAUAAAAAAUAGGCCCUACCACUAGCCACUAUGAAAUCAUUGAAAUUCUGAUCGUGCAUGAGCCUGGCAUGGACGAAACAGUUGCGUUGGAUUUGUAUUAGUCGACUACGGCUGCAAAAUUUCCGCAAAACGGUCUCUGUAACAUUUGACACCUCGGCCAUUGCUCGGGCGAGUGCGGUAACGUGCACAGGCAAGAACUUCGGCCUCUCUCCACGAACAAGGAACAUGGCAGCUGCGGAAAUAUGCAAGAUUCUGCAGGAAAGAAUAAUGGUCCUGGAUGGUGCUAUGGGUACAAUGAUUCAGCGCCAUCGCUUCGAUGAGGAUUCCUUUCGAGGCGUCGAGUUCAAGGACCAUCCGAAGUCGCUGAAGGGUAACAACGACCUGCUGAGUCUCACCCAGCCAGAUAUCAUCUAUGGCAUUCACAAGGCUUACCUAGAAGCUGGGGCUGACCUCAUAGAGACAAAUACAUUCAGUGGCACGCGCAUCGCUCAGUCUGACUACGGCCUAGAAGAUCAGGCUUACCGCAUAAACAAAGAAUCGGCCCAGGUCGCGAGGAGAGCAGCAGAUGACGUUGCCACGGCGACAGGCAUUCCUCGAUACGUAGUCGGCACACUGGGACCAACGAACAAGACUCUGUCCAUCUCGCCGUCCGUGGAACAGCCGGCCUACAGGAACGUCACCUUCGACGAGCUGGUGUCCAACUACCUGGAGCAGGGCCACGGUCUGGUGGAUGGCGGGGCCGAUGUUCUCAUGGUGGAGACAAUAUUUGACACGGCGAAUGCCAAGGCGGCGCUAUAUGCAAUUCAGCUGCUCUUCGAAGAACUGGGCAGAAGACUUCCAUUGUUUGUUUCCGGGACCAUCGUUGAUAAGAGCGGCAGGACGCUGUCCGGCCAGACUGUUGAGGCAUUUACUGUCAGCACUUCCCACGCCAAGCCACUCUGCCUCGGUCUGAACUGCGCUCUGGGAGCAGACGCCAUGAGGCCGUUUAUCGAGACGAUCAGCAUGGAAACGACGUCGUACGUGAUCUGCUAUCCGAACGCCGGAAUGCCGAACACGUUCGGUGAAUACGACGAGACGCCGGAGACGAUGGCUCAGAUGCUCGGGUCAUUUGCCAGGGAUGGACUAGUCAAUAUUGUUGGUGGAUGCUGUGGUACCACACCGGCACACAUUAGGUAUGUGGAUGCGUGGUUAGAACCCAUGUACAUUGGACCAGAUCUACUGUUCGUGAACAUAGGAGAACGCUGCAACGUGGCCGGAUCUCGCAGGUUCUGCAAUCUGGUCAAGAAGGGAGAUUUCGAGCAAACUCUUCCUGGAUGUCGUGUCAGCGGAGGCGUCUCCAACUUCUCGUUCUCGUUCCGCGGGGUAGAGGUAGUGCGGGAGGCCAUGCACAGCGUGUUUCUCUACCACGCCAUCAAGGCCGGCAUGGACAUGGGCAUCGUGAACGCGGGCAACCUGCCGCUGUACACGGACAUCGCGCCGGAGCUGCUCGCCAUCUGUGAGGACCUGCUGUGGAACCGCGACGCUGACGGCACCGAGAAGCUGCUGCUCUACGCACAGGUGCGUGCCCGCCACGGCUACCGAACUGUUAGCCACCCUCAUUACAGUCUGUGGCUCUACUCUGCUGGUAUGCUGCAUUUGCAGGGAAUUGACAAGUACGUCAUUGAGGAUAUGGAGGAUGCUAGGCUGGACACUGUCAGAUACCCGCGGCCUCUGUCUAUCAUCGAGGGACCCCUCAUGAAGGGUAUGAGCGUCGUCGGCGACCUCUUCGGCUCGGGCAAGAUGUUCCUGCCGCAGGUCAUCAAGUCGGCGCGCGUCAUGAAGAAGGCUGUCGCGCAUCUCAUCCCGUUCAUGGAGGCCGAGCGCGCGCAGCGCCGCCUGGAGGCGGCGCUCCUCAACGGCGAGGCAGCGGGAGCAGGCGACGCCGUGGACACCAACGACGACGACGACGUCGACGCCAGCGCGUAUGCAGGCACCGUCGUCUUGGCAACGGUGAAGGGCGACGUACACGACAUCGGUAAGAACAUCGUCGCCGUGGUGCUGGGAUGCAACAACUUCAGGGUUAUGGAUCUCGGUGUGAUGACUCCUUGUGACAAGAUUCUGCAGACGGCCAUCAAAGAGAAGGCAGACAUUGUUGGACUGUCUGGCCUCAUCACCCCCUCCCUAGACGAGAUGAUCCAUGUUGCUAAGGAGAUGGAGAGGCUGGGGAUGCGCAUCCCACUGCUCAUUGGCGGGGCAACAACCUCAAAGGUGCACACGGCUGUGAAGAUUGCACCACGGUACAGCCAGCCGACAAUUCACGUCGCAGACGCCUCCCGAGGCGUUGUCGUGUGUUCCAGACUACUGGAUGAUAAUGUGAGAGAGGAAUACUUGGAGGAGGUGGAAGAGGACUACGAAGCAUACAGGGAAGACCACUACAGCAGUCUCAAGAACGUCCGGCGGCAGGUGAUGCUGCGCGCGAUCAUCGACGGCAACCUGAUCACAGCCUCCGCCGCCGUCGGCUCUUCCCGGCGAGCCGCCGUCGGCGACGACAUCCGUCUCUACGGCGAUGACGCGUGGCCGCGCGGCGACCCGCUCUGCACGCUGCACGGCAUCCGACAACAGGUGGCGCAGCUGCACGCGUUUAUACUUACUGUCGGCGGAGAACGAUGCUCCGGAGAUCCCUACCUGUGUCUGUCGGACUUUGUGGCUCCCGAGGAGUCGGGCAUCAAAGCGACAUGCCUCGGCAUGUUUGUGGUGAGCGCAGGGUUCGGGGCCGAGGAGCUGGCAAAGGGGUAUGAAGCGAAGCUUGACGAUUACAGCUCGAUCAUGGUGAAGGCCUCGCUGAUCGCUGCAUUUGCUGAGGAGCUGCAUGCGGUGAGACAGGACCUGUGGGGUUACGCCAGUGCAGAGCACCUCAACGCCUCACAGCUGCAUCAGAUUAGCUACAAGGGCAUCCGUCCCGCGCCGGGAUACCCGAGCCAGCCCGACCACACGGAGAAGCUCGCCAUGUGGCGCCUCCUAGGGGCGGCGGACAGCACCAGCGUCGAGCUGACGGAGUCGCUCGCCAUGUGGCCGGCCGCCUCCGUCUGCGGACUCUACUUCGCGCACCCGCGCGCGACCUACUUUGCGACGGGCAAGAUCGCGCGCGACCAGGUCGAAGACUACUCAGCCAGGAAGGGUCAGUCAGUGUCCACCACUGAGAAGUGGCUGCAAGUCCACCUGGCAUACGACCACUGACUGUCGCCAUGGUAACCAUGCUGGCCGCUCACGCACGGCCACGCUCUCCGGUCGACGAGACGCCAGUGGCUCCGCCUAGUGUGACGACGGAUGAUUCGCGAGAUUUAUUGUCUUCUGAAGCGUGCAGAGACGUUUGCUUGUUUGUUUGCUUGCAACUGCAUUAGUGAUCGACCACUAACGGUCGAUACGGUGGAUACGGACUCAUCGAUCUAACGCAAUGGCGAGUACACGAUCGGUGCAUGCACAGGCACUUUAACAUUUGUGAUUACGUUUGUUUUUCGAUUUUGCUUCAACUUGUUUUUGAUCGCGCGAUUUUUCGUUUGACGAUGGCCGAAGCCUGUGCCGUGAUUUGCAGGAUGUUGUUUGUGGCGUCGUGUUGCUUUUUGCUGCGGCGACCGAUGUCAGUGCGGCGGUGCGCGCACUUUGUGUUUGCGCUCCCGCCGCUCCACAUUCCUAGUCUUAUGCACAAACUCGUGAGCUGGCAAAUUAGCUUGCUCUGCUCUGUUCUGUUUCGCUCGUCUUUCACCGUAGUAGAUUUUUGGGGUCGCCGCUACGGUGACGUGGCAACAAUUGUGAGUUCGGUUACCUGUGCUAGCGCCAUCUAGCAGCGAUUUCGACGGCUUGUAUUUUUUGAAAAUGUUAUAUUUUGGAAACUACCCCGUCGGUAUGGCUGCUGUGUGAAAGUGAGCGCCGCGUUAGGGAUAGUGGGAGCAUGAUCAGUGAUCCACGCUUUCUACUUUCUCGAUAACUGUCUCUCUCUCUCUCUCUCUCUCUCUCUCUCUCUCUCUCUCUCUCUCCCCUCUCUCUGAUAGUCGAGGAGAGGUAGGAGGGAAGGAGAAUGGAGAGAGGAAGGAGAUAAGGAAAUCGGAAAUUGGGAAGUUGAUGAAAAAAUGGAUGAUCAUGAUUCAUUCGAGCACCAAGCUUAGACUAACCCGCUAAAGUUCUCGUGGCUGUGCCAACAAGGACGUUCGUGAUGCCAGUAGCAACUUGCGGAGUCAGUCUCACACUGCUCUGCCGGUAGGUGGCGUUAUGUACGCGUGUGCCUCUCGUCGUUUUGUCGAGUAAUUCACACGUGAAAAAUAAAUGUACAACUGUUGUUUUUUUGGAGUGUAGUUGUCAAUGUGCUGUUGUCAACGCUGUUCGUGUUGUUGUUGUUGCUGUUGUUUUUGUUGAGGUUGUUGUUGCUGUAGUUACUGCUUAUGUUUUUAACGAUG